AUGGUAACCCACAAACAAUCUUUCUAUAUUAUUGUUAACCUUACUGUACUCGAGUAGUCUACUCUCACAAACAAUAGACAGCUGCUCGCUGUCGGGUGUUUUACUGCAAGCACCAACAUUCAGCUCUCGCAGCGGUCGCGCCAAAAAUUUACCGCCAUGUCUUCACCCACUUCUCAUAGCCCGCCGAGGGACGCUCCAGAUUCCUCUUCCCAAGACUCCGUUACGGCUCAAGACUAUAUAGAUUCUCAAUUACAGCUCGAGCUUGACGCAAGAGAGGCAAUGCCCUACUCCUUCGACGUUUGCACAAAUCCCCUCGGUCCGCUUCGUCAGCCAGUGUUCUCCUGUAAAACCUGUCAUCCCAAUACCGUUUCCGCUCCCAGCUUCACAAAUAUUGUUUCCACUGGCGCAGCCGCUAUCUGCUACAGUUGCUCGAUCUCUUGUCAUGGCGAUCACGAAUUGGUCGAGAUCUUCAAUAAGCGAAAUAUUGUUUGUGAUUGCGGGACCGAAAAAAUUGCGGCCGAGUGUACGCUUCGCAAGGUCAAAGGAGAAAGGAUAGAUUUACCCGAGGGGAAGGUGGGAAAUAUGUACUGCCAUAACUUCUGGGGGAAGUUUUGUGCUUGCGAUGAGGAUUACGAUCCUCAUAGCGAGCGGGGCACCAUGUACCAGUGUUUGCUCGGCGAUGUUUGUGGGGAGGACUGGUUCCAUGAUAGGUGUAUUAUGGGGCUGCUGAAAGUGAGCGAGGACGCUACAAUGGAUCCAGAGACUAAGGUGGUAGGAGAGGUGGGAGUGAACGGUGAAGGUGAAGGGCAGCCAGAGGGCUAUAAUCAUGAGGAGGCCGAGGACGACGACUCGCCCGAAGGAUUUCCAACAGAAGAGUUCGAACACUUUAUCUGUUGGCUGUGUGUCGAAAAGAAUCCUUGGUUGGGACGAUACGCUGGUACCCCUGGGUUUUUGGGUGCGGUAUAUAAACAAGGAUUCCCACUACAAGCCAAUUCAGACAUCCAGAGCUCUGACGGGAAGAAAACUGCUAAUGGUACUGGAGUUGAAACCAGCAACACGAAAAAGAGGAAUGUUGACGAUGGUGACGGAGAGGCUAUCCGGAAGGAUUUCAAGAGGGCGAAAACUCCGGAGGCCUCCAAAGUCUUGACCGGUUUCAAUUCCAACGCGGAGCCCAUAUCUACUCCAACGGAGCCAGAAGCAAAGCCGUGUAGCUACGAGACUCUUCCACCUCCGCAGCCAACCACAAAGCCCUUUUCGAUAUUUCUCAAAGAAGACUUCCGUGGUUAUCUAUGUCGUUGCGCCUCUUGUCUUCCACGGCUCUCGCAGCACCCUAUCCUUUUGGAAGAAGAAGAGACCUAUGAGCCACCCCUUGAUGAUGAUGAUAAUCAGAGUGUUCGUUCCGGCGGUUCCCUAUUGGACCUUGGAGAGAAGGCGCUUGUGUCGGUUGAUCGAGUCACCGCUAUAAACGGGGUGCUUGCAUACAAUAAGCUCAAAGCUGAAGUCAAGAAUUUCCUCAAGCCUUUUGCAGAUAACAAACAACCCGUCAGUACUGAGGCAGUCAGGAACUACUUUGCAGAGUUGAGGGGUGAGGCCCCUAUUCAUGGUGGUAACGACAAUGGGUCGGAUGGUGGUGGAGACAAUAGGCGCGAGCAGAGCGGCUAUUAAUUCGCCCUGAAAGCCAUGACAGGCGUACACACCAAUUGUGAACGUUGGGAGGCAUCUUGUUAUUUCUCUAGUUGUAGCGAUUAACGAUAUGAAAAUGAUCUCAAGUGA